AUGUGUGGGCAACUGCUCAUUGCUGGCGCUGAUGCCGCUGGCUUGGAUGUGACGACGCCGGAGCCGCUGCCCACCUCCCACGAGCUCUUCCAGCUGCCAAACUGCGUGAUUCUGCCGCACAUUGGGAGCGCGACGGUUGAGUGCCGUACAGUCAUGUCGAAGCUCGCCGCCGAGAACGUCAUCAACGGCAUGUCUGGCGACGCCAUGCCCGCCCAGGUGGAGUGAUGUGAUGUGACAGAGCACAGCGCCGUGCUGCUGCGUUGUCUCAAGUCAUUGCACACGCGCGCCAACAAGUGAGCAAACUGCUGAGGAACACACAACUCAUCAACAGCAAGGAGGAGGAAGCACAUUCCGUUUGCCCUCUCCUUGAACGGUUCACGACAGCACAUAAACAGGUUUUCCAGAA